GUUUGUGUAGUUUCGACAAACUCUGGACACAACCAACAAAUCGAGCUUAGGAGAAGCUAAACUGUUCACUCAUACCUUUAAAUUUCGCUGUAGGGCUUGUCAUUUCAACGUACCUAUACUAAAUGUUGUUUCUAAGGUGACCUUGCUUAAUUGGUCAUCAUUAAGUUGGCGUUAUCUCAAAAAAAACAACAAAAAAACGGCGAAGACCCGAGCGGACGGUUGAGGAUUUAUACACCACUCGGGUUAAAAUUAACGGCUAAUUGCUGUUUUGUUUAAUGGUCCAGAUAACGUUAUUCCUGAAUGGGCUGUUGGUUUAUUUUUAACAGUUAAUGAAUAGACUCCUAAUUCCUUGGAGAGUCUCGCAUCCUCCGCUGGGUGGUCUCGUAUGAACCGUGUCGAGGCAGCGACGAGGGGUCGGGGGCUCCGCCAGCAGAGCCGGGUUUCAGGAUGAGGAUGCCCAGAGGAGGACGCCUGUUCUUGGCGACGUGCCUUGGCUCGCUCUUCGUUCUCGUGCUUUACUAUCAGAGCAUCACCAAGCCAGAACCUGGUGUGAAGACAGACAGCAGUCCAGGGAAAAGUAGGAGAAGUCCCCUGCAGACCCUCUACAAUGGAGACCAGCAGCUGGAGCUGUUGGCAGCUCAGAGGUCCCUCCAAGGUCGCAGGGAGCUGCUGGAGCAGACCUGUCUGAGCCACAUGAGGAAGCGCCAAGUGCUUUCAUCUGAUGAUCUCAAACACCUCAUUGUGGAUGAUAAACACAGCCUUAUUUACUGCUACGUACCCAAGGUAGCCUGCACUAAUUGGAAGCGUGUCCUUAUGGUCCUCACAAGCGACGGCCGCUACACCGACCCCCUUGCCAUCCCUGCAAACGAGGCCCAUGUGGCAGGUAACCUCCGCACACUUUCCGAGUUCUCAGUCCCUGAGAUCAACCAUCGCCUUCGCAGCUACCUCAAGUUCAUCUUCGUGCGGGAACCCUUUGAGCGCCUGGUGUCCGCCUACCGUAACAAAUUCACCCGUAGCUACAACACCGCUUUCCACAAGCGCUAUGGAACCAAGAUCAUCCGCCGGCACCGUCCCAGCCCAGAGCCUGAAGCGCUGGAGAAAGGGAAUGACGUUACUUUCAACGAGUUUGUGCAGUACCUGGUGGACCCUCGGACCCAACGGGAGGAACCUUUUAACGAGCACUGGGAGCGGGUGCACUCCCUGUGCCACCCCUGCCUGAUCCACUAUGACGUAGUGGGGAAGUACGAGACUCUGGAGCCAGAUGCUCAGGCUGUGCUCAGGUUGGCUGGGGUGGAGGGGACACUUCAGUUUCCCACGUCUGGUAAAAGCACCAGGACUGAUGGUAACAUGGCAGCACGCUUCUUUAAGCACAUCAGUCCUUUCUACCAGAAGAAACUGUUCAACCUGUAUCGAAUGGACUUCCUGCUCUUCAACUACUCCACGCCAGAGUACCUCAGUACUCGAUGAAGGGCAGGACAAAACAGAAUUGACAUCACUGCCAUGGUUGUUUGAUAGUUUGGAUGAUUUUUGUAUUCAUAUUGCUUUCAGACUUUUUGUUUGUGAUCAUUUUGCACUUUUUGGUUGCCAUGGCCAAUUUUCAUCGCUGCCUGGAGCGGUCCUUCACAAGCACUGACUUGUUGCUGUGACGCUCCAACAAAAACAGAUGCGGAGACUUGAUGUUUUGGUUCCAGUGAAUUGAACUUUGUGAAUGGAACCAAAUUUCUUCCUGAGAAGAACAGACAGACGGUUUGCGCUGCAAUCUACCGAGCAUCUGCCAUAUUUGUCGGUUUGUUUUCUGGUGUGAAAACAGUGUAUUGUUUUGAAAUUUGGCAGAGCAGAAUGCAGAUGGGUUGUUCCCAAAAUGUGUUUGAAAAUGCAGGUGACACACAAACUGUCUCUACAAACAGCUCCUGUCUGUCGGGGCUUUAGAUUUAGUUAGAAUUCAGUAUUUAUUUUUUAUGCACCUGAUUGCUCUCUCUCUAGAAAUAACUUUCUCAAAUUGAGCAAACCUUUCUUUGACUUUCAGUUCUGUUGUCUGUUAAACAUGCUCAACAAGUUGGUGUGAUAUGCCUUCCCAGCAUCCCUGCUGUGCCCACUACAGUAGUUCUCCCAUGACUUGGUCUUUUGAGAACUAAUGAGCCAUAAAUUAAAGUCAGACUUCUGAGGAGCAGGUUCUCCUCUUCCAUGGGUGGUGUACAGGUGAACGUGCUGACUGUGAAACUGAACACAGCAGAAUCAUUUAGAGCACCUACAGCAGAAUAUCGAUGGAUGGCAUUUAUUUAUGUAUGUCAAUGCAUGAAGUAUUUAUUGUUAUGGAAACGUGUGUGUGUUAGUAAGGAUUUGGGCUCAUGAUUUUGUGAAAAUGAACUUUUAUAUGAAAGAAGCGAGGGGUUUCUCUUUUUCAGAGUCAUACUUUUUACUUGCUUUUUUGGCUUUUGCACAUAAACUCAUGCCAAAUAGAAAUCUUCAAGACAAUUCAAAGGCCAUCACAGCCCGUUGCGUGGGCUCUCCAUACAUAACUUGUCACAGCACUCGUCGACACCAUCUUAAACACAUAUCUGAGUCAUUUCCAGGGAAACUCGCAGUUACUCCUUAAUUCCAGUAAAAGUUUGUUGCCAUCCCUCCUCUAUCACUGUCUGUAUUUAGCUCUGGGCAGGUAGGCUGAACAAACAACCACAUAACUGUGGUCAGGGCAGGGUCCAGCCCAGCUCUACUCCCGCUCAGAGCUCCCCUUGUUAGGGUGAAUGCAGGCACAUGGAGGGGUUAAUCCACCUACAGGCAUCUCCACUGCAGGGCCUUGUUCAGCAAAUGGGAUGGAAUUUAUGUUAAAAAUAAUACAGAUUUGAAUGUAGGAACAUGUUUAUUAAAAGCCUGCACUGUGAAAAUAUCAAAUAUUACAAAUGUCCUUAAAUGGUCUUAAAUGUUUAAAGGGGAACUACACACCAGAGUCUGUUUACAGGUGUUGGGGAGUGUAACUGCGUAUUUGGAGAAAAAAGAGCUUUCUAAAGCUUUUUGUGGCUCCACAGGGAGCAGCACAACGUCUGAUAAAUUCCACUUGAGUCAGCGUCGGUCGGGUCUGAGCUCACCAGACCUCUGGAGCUCGCUACUCAUACAUGUGGUUAAAACUAAUGGCUGGAGGCUACAUUAGCUGCUACUAGCAUACCUAGCACACCUGUAUCUCUGACUGAACUCUUGCAGUUGAAUUGCAUUGUGGGUUAUGUAGACCAGGGGCUGUAUUCACAAACAUUCAGAGAAUACUCUCAGAGAGCUCCUAAGGAGUUCUAGCUUGCGAAUUAUUUCGGAAAGUUCUCAGAGCAACUCUGAGCAAGGAAGAGACAGAAACUUUUAUCUUAGUGAGGAGGUGUGGUUGAGACUGUUGCUAGGUGUGAUGCUUGCUUUAAUGGAUGUGUUUGGUUUUAUGGUUAGUGUGAUGACUCUGCUGAUGGAAGGUCGAGACAGACACAAGUCAUCACUGCUGCACUGUUGUUGCCUUUUUUCCCAGUUUUCCAAAUAUCUUAGUGCUGUAAUUACUUUAUGUCUGCUGUCAUAGCGUUAGGUGGAAAAUGCUUGUAUAUCCCUAAUGAGAUCGACCGCAUAUUAUCCCUGCAGGAUCUAAUCUGUAACAUUUCAUUGUCAGCAUUUCUUUGAGUUUCCACCAUUUUCUCCUCUGCUUAAGAAACUCUUAAACCUCUUAACAGUUUUUCACCUUAGGAGCUCUUUUAAGGGCUAACAUACUCUGUGAAUAACUUUUAUCUUUUCAAGGACCUAGUCUUAACAUUAAGGGGCAAUUCUAAGAAAACAUCACGUCACUAGGAGCAACUCUUAGCACUAGGAAGCUUUGUGAAUACGGCCCCAGGUUUUGACAAGUAAGAAUGUGUGGAAUCAAAAAAGAUGAUAUCAAAAUGCUUUCUAAAACUGUCCAUCGUGAGACCGACAACGUUAUAGUGAAAUACAACAUGGGUAGAGUGCUCUUUUAAGUCCAGUAUGUAUUGAAAAAUGGGGUAAAAUCAUCCAAUAGUUUUACAUAAUUUCACUAGGAAUUGUCAAACCUUGCAAAAACUUGUAUCUUUUUUAAACAAACUAUGCUAGCUAAUUUUGUGUACUUUGAAAAUAAUUUCACUUCUUUCAUGUUGACUUUAAAGUAAAUUGUUUAUUUUUCCAUCUCUGUAAAUUCCUCAACUAUUUCUAGGAGGUUUAAUAAAAGAUAAUAUAAUUUGGGAAUAGUAAUAAAAGGUAAAACAGAAACUGGAUUCCAGCAAAAUAAUUCCAGUUAAUUAAAAAAUGUGCAAGUUUUUUGGAAAUAGAUGACUGCUUUUGACCUCCACUUUUAUUAGAGUAACAGUGUCAGAAAUUAGUUUUCAUUUUCCACAUGAUUAGUACCAAAUUAUAAACCUCUUUACAGAAAACCUGUGAUGAAGUUAUGAGGGAAUAAUGGACUCCCAAAAAAGUUUUACAGUAAGACCUCACCAUCUCACACCCUUGGAUACGCUGUUAUUAUCAGUGUCUUAUUAUAUAACAGCAAUAUAAAGCUGUUUAAUGAUUCCCUACUUUUCCCACUGAAAGAAGUUAUUUUAUUUUCCCACUCUACACAAAGACUCAGAACAUCCUGGGGCUACCCUGUUUAUAAGAUACUUAUCUAGCCUGGGUGAAUUGGAAAUAUUUAAAUGCUGGGAUUCAUCUGGACCUGACAUGUCUUCACUCCCUGAGAACAAGAAUUCACCACAAAGCAACAAAAGUCAACAUUUCCAUUAAAACAGACAUGUCCCCCAGUCAGGAUAUUACAUUUUUGCUUAUAAAGUGCGGUGGCUCGUGUCAAGGCAAGUUGGCUCUGAACUAGCCGGAGACUGUGUUUAAUUUCAUCUCUUUAUCUCUGUAUCUUCCAGAUAACUUAUGUAAAAUAUUUCAUCUCGCUGAAGAACAUUGUCAGACAGGCCCCGGCAGGCCCACUCUGGAAACAUUGCCUUUUUCUUUUCUGCCUGUAGUAAUGCUUUGAGAAGUGCAAUAUCUGUGUGUGAGUAUCUGCAAUGUGUUAAAACUGUGUUUUCAUAAGUGACUUCCUCUUUUAUUGAAGCCUUACAUUUGUGCUUGUGCCAUUUAUUUUUCUGUUUGCUAUGAAUGCAGCCGUGGAUUACAGGGUUUUCAUUUUAAUGCUCCCCUUUGUAGCAGUGUGUGAUUUAAGCCAUAAUUUGCAAGAAGAUGUGACUUGCCAGAACCCAAUCACACCCUUCAUGUUUUUUCUUCCUACUGGCUCGAUGACAUGCUGCACAAAAUAUAUGUUUUACCUUUUAAUUUCUUUUUUUUUUCUUUUCUGGAAAAUACAGAAGCCAAAUGACAAGUAGCUUGUUCUUCCAAAGGGAUAAAACAUAGUGUGUAUCCAUCUCAAAUGCCCAGACGCUGCUGUGAAUAAACACAGCUAGUCACACAUCUCCAGUCAUUUCUGUGGAAAUGCUCCUUUAGUCAGACCUGUGACUUGGUGAGUCACUGUGAAAUAGUGAACAGAGCACAAUCUGAAAGAAUCUCUCAUGCACCAGUUUACUUGUGCCACAAAACUGUGAAUGUGAUAACUUGAUAACUGAAGUGCACUUGCUGAUGUGAUGGUUGACUGACUGGAUACCUUGAAGUUUCUACAAAUACAAUCCCUUAACAGCAUCACUGAGUGCGUGUAUGUGUGUGUGUGGUUAUUUUUUCUUUUUGUCUGUCAUCACAAGCAGCCUUGAAGUCAAACUCAAAAAUGUUCUCCCAGUGGCAGUUUUUCUUCCUGUGGUGUAUGGACCAUGGUAAAGUGAGUAAUUGUUUAUAAGAAUCUGGUCAAGCCAGCCGCCGUUUGGAUUUUGAUGUACAUCGAUUGGUACAAUUACAGUACAGGUGCUUGGUGCGGCCAAAAAGGACAAAGAAAGACCCAUAUCUAAGGCACUUGUAGAGUAACAACUGCACAAAGCCAAAUUCUGCAUCUUGCAAUGAUGAAAGUGGAAAGUGUGUCCAUCCCGUGAUUUGGAUCCACCCCAAAAUGUAAUGGUUUCGUCCUUGGCCCAUGUUACACCCUUUCACCAAGUCUCAUGAAAAUCAGGCUUCCGGUUUUCUCCUGGUGAUACGAAAAAACAAACACAAACUGAACCACAAAACAUAA